AUGCUUUUCAAGCUAUUCGUUUUCUUCCAGGCACUCUCGCUGCUUCCUCUUGUCCUCGCAACCCAACCAGGAACCAAGCCAGUCUACCUCUCAAACCAAGCUUUGGCCAUUGAAAACUCGCCUCCAGAUUUUGGAAACCACUUCGCCGUACUGAACCUCGACCUGAUCGAUGCGAUCGUCGCUAAUGUGAACACUACGGACGAAGGGAAGAAAUGGAUCAACAAUACUGCCAGAUGGAUUGACGCAGUCCACAAGCAAAACCCCGCACUGCUGAACGUCUUCACGCGCAUCUACUUCUCCACAUCCCAGCGUCCCGAGGUCGGACCCGACACGCCAUUCGCGUCUGUCGUGGAGGGACUUGGUAAUCUGACAGAAUCCAGCGCGAAGAGCCAUAUCUAUACGGCCUUCAAGACGGAGGACGACGAUGUGGUGGUGCCGAAAACGAGGUAUUAUGCCGGGGCUGGGAACUCGAUCGAGGAGAUUCUGAACAGUCAGAAGAUAGAGACAGUGAUUCUGUCUGGUAUUCGAACAUCGGGAGUUGUACUCGCGACGGCGUUGAGGUUGUUUGAUUUGGAUUAUAACGUGUAUGUCAUCUCGAACAAUACCAUCGAGCCAGGUCCUACCGGGGAGAAGAUCCAACACUCCAUCCUCUACGACAUUUUCCCGAAAGUUCCAGUCAAGGUUAUCACGAUUGAAGAGGCUCUGGCGGGUUUGAAGACCUCGGGUUCAUCAGUCGUAUAA